UUUUUGAAUUAAUUUUCUCAAAAUGGCGGCUUCUGAAAACAUCAUUCGGUUUUGCGGCAGUCAACAGAGCAAAAUUGUCAAGUUGAAAGUUAAAAUAGGAGCCAGAGUAUCAAAAGGGUCUACUCUUGGAUUCUAUAAAGUGAUCGAUGCUAAUUCAGACGAUGGAUAUUCUAAAACAACAGAAAAAAUACGAUCUGAAAUGGUUGGAACCGUCAAAGAGCUACUUGUUUUGGAGGGCGACACCAUCGAGCCCAGCACACCAUUGUUUGCUGUUCAAGGAUGUCUGCAUCCAACAGUGAUGAAAGAUAUGUGUGCUGAGUGUGGUGCUGAUCUUAGAAAAGCUCAGGGACAACCUGGUGAAAGAAGUCAGUGCAGCUCUGCAUCUGUUGCCAUGGUGCAUAGCAUUCCAGAGCUUCAAGUCAGCAAAGAGGAGGCAGUAAGUCUGGCGAAGGCUGAUGAAGAACGCCUGCUUAAACAUCAUAAACUGGUUCUAGUUGUGGACUUGGAUCAGACCUUGAUACACACUACAAUGGACGCAGUCCCUGCAACGCUGAAGAAUGUACAUCAUUUUCAACUCUGGAACUCCGGGCCGCAGUCGCCUUGGUACCAUACUCGCAUUCGGCCUGGCUGUCAAAAGUUUCUUGAGGAGAUUUCUAAAUAUUAUGAGCUACAUAUAUUCACGAUGGGAGCGAGGUUGUAUGCUCAUACAAUUGCUUCAUUCCUGGACCCACAUCAAAAGUAUUUCUCGCAUCGUAUACUAUCAAGAGACGAAUGCUUUGAUCGCAAUCUGAAAACAGCCAACUUAGGAUCAAUUUUUCCCUGUGGUGAUUCAAUGGUAUGCAUCAUUGAUGAUCGAGAAGAUGUUUGGAGCAAUGCCCCGAAUCUGAUACACGUUAAACCAUACUGCUACUUCAGUGGAACGGGGGACAUAAACACACCCCCACUCUACCAAAAGGAAGCAAAGGUUGACGACUCUUUCAAACAGAUUGCCAGCUCAUCUACUGUAAAUAAAGAAACAGGAAAAGGAUCCCCUGAGGAAUCAAUUGACACUACUGGUCAGACAUCAAAUACUAAUGGAAGCAAGACUUCUGAAUCACUGCUGGAGAGUACAGAGACUGAACUUGAAAAUGGAAAUUUGGAUCAGGUUAAGAAAUUAGAAAAAAGUAAUUGUACUAGUGAAAGCAAAGAUAAAGCAGAAGACAUGGAGAAUAAGUCCAAGAAACCAGUAGAUGAGAAAACAAGUCCUGAUAAGGGAGAUGAGGAUGCUAAAGAAAAGGUACAUGGUGAAGAUUUGGUAGUUAAAAAAGUUGAAGAAAAAGAUGCAAAAGUUGACAAUGAGGAAGGAGGUAAUUAUGAUGGAGAUGAUUAUUUGCUAUACCUCAAAGAAAAUUUGAUACAAGUUCAUCAAAAGUUCUAUGAGGUUUAUGAUCACUACAAAAGCAAAUCCUUGAAAGAAAAAACGUGUCCUGUACCAGAUUUGAAAGCAAUUGUACCAUCAAUUCGUAAGUCAAUACUAGCUGGUGUUAAUAUAGUGUUUAGUGGGGUGUUUCCAAUUGAUAUGCCCCCAGAGAAAAGUCGUGCUUGGAGAGUAGCUAAGGAGUUUGGUGCAAAUAUUUCAGUAUCGCUGAUUAGUCGUUUUAAAGAUAAAUCUGGACCAGCAAAUGCAACGACACAUUUAGUUGCUGCAAAAUCUGGUACAGAGAAGGUACGUCAAGCUCGUCGUAUGAAGAACGUAAAGAUUGUAUCGGUUGAUUGGUUGUGGUGCUGUCAAGAGAGAUGGGAGCAUGUUGACGAGCGUCUGUUUCUUCUGCACUCGACGAGGAAAUCGGGAAGAUCAUCCAAUAGAAGUCGAAGCAGCACACCAGCAUCAGCUUUCACGGAUUCUGACCAGGAUCAAGAACUUGCCAAGAAAGCAGAAGCAGAGAGGUUGUCAGAUGUGCCCAACAAGCCUCCAGCAGGGAGGCUUACUAGACUAAACAGUGACUACAAUCCAUUAUAUAGCUUCUCUACUGAAGAUUUAAAGUGUAUGGACAUGGAAGUGGAUGAUAUAUUUAACGAGAGCAGCGAUGAAAGUCAAUCAGACAACUGCAGUGGCGACAAUUCACUUGGAAGUGUAACUGUAGCGCCCUCAUCGUCAAGUGAAGACAGUCUGGAUCCAGAGGAGCCUCAUGGAUGGAAAAGGAAACGGCCUCAAAUCGAAUCUGAUGAGGAAGAGCGUUUUAAGAAGGUGGAGAAAGAGGAUAGCAGCUCAAGCCCUGGCUUAAGCGACGAGGAUCGUAGUGAAGAUGAAGACAAAAUGGCUGCUGCUAUUGAUGACCUCUUGACCUACAGUAAAGUAUUGUGAAUCAGUCAACUUUUUUAAAUUAUGAAAAUGCAAGUUACAAAUUUUAUAUGACAAGAAAUGAUUAAACAGCACAUAUUGUACCUAGUGGAAAUAGGAUUAUCAGGUUCUCAUUGCUGUUUUAACAAUUUACAAUGUGGCAAACUCUUUGGAUUGUUAAUAAUUAGUGGUCUUUCAUUCAAAUUAGUAAAUUACCAAAAUGAAGUUGUAUUACAGUAUAAAAUAAUGUUGAUUCAAAUUUGAUUACAUAUUGUAUUGUCAAGUACAUUAGAGGGUAGUUUUGAAGUAUCAAAAGGGGAAUAGGAACAUAACUACAUCUUCAGAAUGUAUUUUCAUAUACAAUAAAGGCAUAUUGCAUUUUUGACCAACAUCAAGAGGGAUCUGCCUCUUUUUGUACAGGAGACCCUUUUGUUAUAACAAGUCAUUUCGUUUGUAUACCAAUUUAUAUACAGUACCUUUAUAAAUAUGUCCAUUAUUUUCAUAGACGGAAUAUUUUAGAUGUAUGUGUUAUAUAUAUAUAGUAAUAAUGUACAUUUUGAUAUUUGAAAUUAAAUGUUUUACUGUAUUGGCAGAACCAUGGAAAUGAAAUGAUCACAAAACAUUGGCUCCCAAGAAAAUAGAGUCAAGAUAAAAUGUACAAUCAGGUUUUGACAAUCUUUUAUUAUUUAGCUCAUUAUUGUAUUAUAAAGUGUUUAUAUUGUAAAAAUCAAAUACUUCUUGUAAUAAAAUAACAUUGUUUUCUUUAA